CGUCCAACUUCCGCUCAGGUCAUGAUCCCACAGUUCAUGGGUUCAAGCCCCACAUCGGGCUCUGUGCUGACAAUGUGGAUGGAGCCUGCUUGGUGUCCUUUCUGUCUGUUUCUCCCUGACUCACGCUUUCUCUCUCUCUCAAAAUAAGUAAAUAAACUUAAAAAAUAAAAUAAAACUGUUGCUUUUUGAUAUUUUACUGCUUUUCCUUAGACGUAUGAUAUGAGGAUUAUGACAGGAUAGGAAGACUGAUCUUAAAUGUAUUUUCCUCUGAAUGCUUAACACUAAGUGUGGAGUGGCAGUAUGUAUAGUGGUCAAGCAAGUCCAUGGUAGGAGAUUGGUGGGGCUUAAAUCCUGUCUCUGUCUCUUGAUUAGCUGAGUGACUUUGAGCUUUAGUUUCCUUAUUUAUAAAAUAGGAUAAAAACGGUGUUUCCUUGAGAGAAUGGAAGGAUUAAAUUAUGUAAUUCACAGAGAGUGCUUAGCAUCGUGGGCCAGGACAUGAUAACUAUUAAAUAAAUUAAUCUAUUUCAGUGUACUGCUCUAAGAUGAGAAUUGUCUUGUUUUGGUUGGAAGGUUUAUUUUCAUAAUAAAUAAUCAGGACCUGUUUAGUAGUUUUAAGACUAUUAAAACCCCAGUACUAUCUUUUGUCCUACAAGCUAUUAUCAUAAUAGCAAGGUAGGAGAGUGAAGGUUCUGUUCAUUUUUUACUCCUUUAAUGAAUUCAUUCUUAAUUCCUUCUUGGCCCUAGAAGAAGCAAAGAAGAACCUGUAAAGAUAAGUUAAAAAUAUUCCAGAAAGUAAUUCACGUAGAUUUCCACUUUCACGAUAAUUUAUAAUGUCACUGACUAUACCAUUGGGCAAAUUACUUAACUGUAAGCUUCAGUUUCUUCAUUUGUAAUAUGGGAAUACAGUAAAACCUUGGAUUGUGAGUAACUUGUUCUGCGAGUGUUCUGCAAGGCAAGCAAACAUUUCUAACAAAUUUUAACUUGAUAAACGAGCGUUGUCUUGCAGUAUGAGUAGUACAUGACGCCAGACGUCACAUGAUCACAACUGAGCCAGUAGUUCUCUCUCUCUCUCUCUCUCUCUCUCUCUCUCUCUCUCACUGCGGGAUUGUGAGUGAUCAUCUCCCAUGCUCAGAUGCUCAGUCUCAGGCCGUGGUGUUUGGCAGAAAUCAGUGAUUUUUCAGAACAUUGGGAGGGGCCCACAGCUGGCAUUAGUGUAUUUUUUGUCGCUUCAAAGCACCUGGGGACAGUCCUUUGCUUUUCCAUACAAGAGUAAGCUUAGGAAUGCUUUGCUUCAUUCUAGGUCAGGCUGCCUGCAGAUAUAGACCUUUCCUCAGCUGCUUUAUUGCCAGUUACAUUAAAUACAGUAUAUGACAAGAAUUUAUUAAUACUGUACUGUAGUCAACAUCCGUGUGAGCAUAUACAUUGGCCCCCAGGCAGAAAAAGAUUCCAUUCAGCCAGUAGACAGCUCAGUGAUUCUGUUAGUGAUAGUAAAAGUCAUUCUACACAAUAACCUUCCUCCCUCACACCAGCCACGAAGGUUUUCAAAGUGAGAUACAUGUUUAUUCAAACACAAGAUACCCCAAAUCCCAACAGUUUAAAAUUUAUUCCAGGAAAACCAGUUCUUGAGACAAGGACCAUGGAUUUUCCCACACCAGCUGCAGCAUUUCGCUCCCCUCUGGCUAGGCAGUUAUUUAGGAUUGAAGGAGUAAAAAGUGUCUUUUUUGGACCAGAUUUCAUCACUGUUACAAAGGAAAGUGAAGAGUUAGACUGGAAUUUACUGAAACCAGAUAUUUAUGCAACAAUCAUGGAUUUCUUUGCUUCUGGCUUACCCUUAGUUACUGAGGAAACAUCUUCAGGAGAAGCAGGAUCUGAAGAAGAUGAUGAAGUUGUGGCAAUGAUUAAGGAACUGUUAGAUACCAGAAUAAGGCCAACGGUGCAGGAAGAUGGAGGAGAUGUUAUCUAUAAAGGCUUUGAAGAUGGCAUUGUACAGCUCAAACUCCAAGGUUCUUGUACCAGCUGCCCCAGUUCAAUGAUUACUCUGAAAAAUGGAAUUCAGAACAUGCUGCAGUUUUAUAUUCCAGAAGUAGAGGGUGUAGAACAGGUUAUGGAUGAUGAAUCUGAUGAAAAAGAAGCAAACUCACCUUGAAAUAAUUAGAGUUUUCUUUGGGCCCAGCAGUUGGACUUCUUGAUAAUAUAUACCAAGCUUUUAUUAUUACUCUGCUAAGGAACUUGAGGAUUAAUAAAAUAUGCCCUUUUUUCAGA